AUGAGUGAAAUGUUAGAAAUUAUGAAAGAAUUCUUCAACAUGCCUUUGGAAGAAAGAGCUGUACAUUAUUCAGAGGAUCUUUGCAAGCCUGUACGACUAUUCACAAGCACUGGUGUCCAUGACAUUGUUCGUCUCUGGAGAGAUUGUCUUAGAAUGGCUAUAUCUCCUGUGGAAAACUUUAAGCAAUACUGGCCAGAAAAGCCAAGUAAUCUCAAGAAAACUGUUGAAAGAUAUGCUGUCGAGAUGAAGGGGUUGACAGAAAAGAUUUUUGUCUUGAUAACUGAAGGAUUAGGCCUUGAAUAUGAUUAUCUAAAUGGUGGUCUGAGUGGUCAGCCUAUGGUAUCACACGUGAACUACUACCCGCCAUGCCCAGACCCGUCUCUUACAUUAGGCUUGGCUAAGCAUUGUGACCCGGGUCUUGUUACACUUCUCCUGCAAGGCGACGUCAGUGGCCUCCAAAUUUUAUGCAAUGGGGAGUGGCAGGCUGUUGAUCCAGUUCCCAAUGCAAUUAUUGUGAUUUACGGCCAUCAAAUGGAGUUCGUUACUAAUGGAGAACUGAAGAGUGUGGAACAUCGUGCAAUAACAAAUGAUAUGCUAUCGAGAAUAAGCAUUGCGACCUUCAUCCAACCAGCUAUGGAUUGCCUUGUUGCACCUGCCAAAAAACUGCUCGACGAAAAGAACCCACCGCUCUAUAAAUCCUUUCUAUUCGGCGAUUAUUUUGCUAAUUAUGUUGCUAAUCUAGGUGAUAAAUCGAAGGUUACUGAACAUUUUCAGAACACGACUCCAUAA